GUCUCGCGAGCAGGACACCGAACGCGGAGGCUGACAAUCCUGGCCGAUCCAAGCCGAGCCAGGAGCUAGGGAACCAGGAACCCAGGCCAUAGGAGCCAUAGCUUUCUAACUUCCCCGGCCAAGGUGUGCGUGUACAUGUGCGUGUAAGUGUGCGUGUAAGUGUGCGCGAGUGUGGGUAUCCUGCCUGAUUCGCAGUCGCUGGUGUGCGUGUACAUCCGUGUGUGUGCGUAACUCGGCUGCGGCCAAACAAACCUGAAACCUGAAAGCCAAAUGAGUGACGAAUAAGUUUAAAUCCGCGCGCCCAACACACGCUACCUGAAAGUACACACUUUUCCCCAAUAAAUACAAACACUACUCGCAUUUUGAAAUAAAAACAUUUUGACCGCAGGGCUCCAGUCACGCAGCCAGAUUUCGAUUCGAAAGCCAGAAAACCGAGUGCACAUCGACGGCGCACAACAAAUCGAGCAGCAGGAUGCCGAUUCGAGGCUGAUGAUGAUUUAGGUGGAAAAGGAUCCGCAACAGUAGCCACAGUCCACAGCCCAUUGAGGAAGAAGCUGAAGGCGGUGGCAGCAGGACGGAAAUGAAAUCAAAUCGCACAGCUGCAGCCGGCGGCAAUAAUACCGUUUGUGAGUUAUGGCCCAAGUUAAUUAAGAGCCAGGAGCGGAACUAGAGCCCCCAUAAAUCAAUCCGCAUCGCAUCGCACCGCAUCGCAAGUUGGCGCAACAUGUAGAACUUUGGCUGGAGUGCCAAUCCGCAUGUCAAUGCCCAUUUACAUGGCCGGUGGGAAAUGGCCAGCAGAGGAGCGAGCCCCCGACAUGGCCAAUCGAAAGAGAACGAGAACAACCCAAAUCGAAACGACUUAAAGCGGCUUACUAGCGAGCAGAACAAAGCGAGCACAGCGAGCACAGCGAACACAGCCAACACAGCGUAUACGCAACGUCCAACGCGGCGGAUGCGUGAUUAAUUGCACUUUAAACACACACGGAAAGCGACGGAUAAACCGAUUCCCAACCGAGGAAGAGCGCCGCGGAAGAAAAGCCUUCAAAAUGUUGCCGACCAACGUGAUGUCGUUCAUGAAGAAGAUGGUGGCCACCGACGAGCAGGCCGGCGAGCGGCAGCCACAUGCGGCGGACUCCGGGGGCGGCGCCUCCCAAACGGGGGCCCUCAACAAGAUGAAGGCCACGAUUUCCUCCUCGCUGCUCACCGUCACAGACAAAGUGAACAAAAUGUCGCCACGCCCCUCGCUCGUUCCCACGGAGGCGGACACCAGCGGCAGCUACGGCUCGCCCAGCUACCAGAGCCAGCAGCAGCAGCAGCAGGAGUCCGCCGGCAGCGGGCUGAACAACAACAACAACAACAGCAGCGCCGCAGGAGGAGGAGGGGGCGGGGCGGCGGCCAAGCAGGAGCCGGGCAGGAGGGCCGGGGCCUGCAGGGUGUGCCUGAAGUCCUUCAAGCCGGACGACUACCACAAGACGUGCUUCGAGUGCCAGCAGCGAGUGUGCGAGGACUGCGCCAGCUACAGCAAGCUGGACGAGCACGAGGACGCGACCAUGUGGCGCUGCAGCGUGUGCCGCCGGAAAAUGGCCUCGCGGGUCUGCAUUCCGCAGGACUCCACGGACUCCAUGCUGGACGUGCCCGUGCUGGAGGCCCUGCAGCGACGCCACUCGGACGCCAAGCUGGGCAGCAGCACCCAAACGCUGGCCCCCAGCAACGGCGCCGCCCUCGCCCCUCCGCGGAGCCCCGAGCUGCGGCGCCACUCGGAUGUGUCCCCGGCCUCGCUCAAGGAACUGGAACGGCAACUGAAGGGCGGCCGCAGCAUGGCGCCCAGCCGCUCGAACAGUCCGCCGCGUGGCGAGGGGCCGGACGGACAGCCCCCCUUCGGGGCGCCCCUGUCGCGGAUGCAGUCGCGGAGGGGGUCGCGGGUGGCGCGGCAGCACAGCUACGACGACGACAUGAAGACAGGACCCGUGGGCGGCAGCAUGGGCGGCGGCGGACCGGCGUUGGGAUUGGGGGCGGAUGGAGCGGGCCUCGGCAUUCCGGCCAUGCCGCGCAGGAAGUCCGCCUACGACGUGUUCGCCCCCGGACUGACGCAGGGCGGCGCCCCACCAGCCACGCAGCUGCAGCGGUCGCCGGGCGAGGGCGGCAUCAUGCCGCCCAUCCAGCUGCCCGGCUCGCGGAGGCCCUCGUUCCGGGUGCCGCACCCCUCGGAGGACAUCCAGAACGACGACUCGCCGGGAUCGCCGGACAAGGGCAGCCCCGUCCUCACCGUCGACGAGGACCGCCGGAUGCGGCGACGCGGCUCGCAGCUACCCGACAUUGCGAUGCUGCAGAAUCGAGGCGCUCUGCCGACGGUGCCGCCCUCGGCGAUUCCGCCGCCCAUGGCCUCGUUCACGGGCCCCAAUCUGGAGGAUUUGGAGGCGCCGCGCCGGCAAACAUCAAUGGACGGCGAGGCCAUCAGGAUCGUAAUACACGACGUGGACUCCGGGCCGAUUUGUGCAUCUAAGCGGCGCAUCAUUCUGCGCCGGGAUCCCACGGACAAGGCGCACCGCACACGUGGCUUCGGGAUGCGCGUCGUCGGCGGGAAGACGGGAGCGGACGGCCGGCUGUUCGCCUACAUUGUGUGGACCGUUCCGGGAGGCGCCGCCGAGAAGAAUGGCCUGCAGCAGGGCGACAAGAUCCUCGAGUGGAACGGAAUGUCGCUGAUCGACCGCAGCUUCGAGGAGGUCUGCUCCAUCAUGGACCGCACCGGGGACAUCGUGGAGCUUCUGGUGGAGCACGCCACGGACUUCCGCAUGUGCGACCUGUUCGACGAGAACCUGCCGCCCGGCAACGCCGGCGGUCAGAGCGGACCUCGGCGGUCCGGAGAUGGACCCGUUGGUCUUGGCCUGAUUGCGGAACCCGAAACCACCACAGACAAAUCACCGGCGUCGCCAACUAGACGGAAACUACCAAAAACCCCGGAGCAAAUUGCCCGCGAGAAGCUGGUCACCGGAAGGGUCCAGAUCCAGGUGUGGUACCACGCGGAGCGCAGCGAGCUGGUCGUCUCCCUGAUGGCCGGCGACGACCUCGCCCUCCGCGACGAGGCCUACGGACACGGCAAUCUGCCGGAGGCAUACGCCAAGGUCCGCAUCCUUCCCAAAUGCGGCGACGGCAGCGUGCAGCAGACGGAGGUGAGCCGCCCGACGCAGAACCCGAUCUGGAACGCGACGCUGACCUUCGGGCACGUGAAGGCGGAGACGCUGAUGGACCGCUACAUAGACAUCCAGCUGUGGGACCUGGUGCCGCACACGGAGUCCAUCUUCCUGGGCGAGUGCAGCAUCGAGCUGCAGCAGGCCUUCCUCGACGACCAGGCGCUCUGGUGCCGGCUGGAGGACCCGAAGGGGCUGCGCGGGAUCAGCAUCAGCAAGUCGCCGAGCGUCUCGCCGCGGGGCUCCAUCGCCGCGGGGGCGGGGGCGCCCAGCGGGGACGUGACGCGGCUGCUGCGGCGGGACUACAACAUGCAGCGCUCCAACUCCGAUGACGUAGACUCCAUCGGGGAUGGGGCCUCGCUGCUGCACCCGGACCACGCCUGGAUCGCCGGCUCGCGGCGCGGCUCCUCGCAGUCGGAAACCAUGGAGGUGGAGGUCUACCAGCUGGGCAAGGACUUCUCGCGCUCAUUGCCCGGUUCGCGUCGCUCGAGCUUCCAGGACGCCGAGAAGAACCGGCUCGAGGAGGACGCCAUGGCCACGCCGCCCACCUCCUACCUGGUGGGCCGGCGCCGCUCGUCCGUGGCGCGACGCGAUCCGGAUGAGAUCCUGAAGUCCUUGAAGGCUGUCCGCGGCGAGCUGGGGCGCACCAUGAGCCUGGGCACCGAGCAGCACAAGCGCAUGGGAUCGAGACGUGCCAGUCGCGUGGGACUCCCCAGCGGACCGAACAGCAGGAAGAGCUCCGUCUUGGACCUGUCGCAGCAGCAGCAGCAGCAGUUGCAGCAGCUGCAGCAGUUGCAGUUGCAGCAGCAGCAGCAGCAGUACCUGCAGCAGAACCUGCCCCUGGGCCUGGCCACCGCCGACACGAGUCCGCCGUCCGAGGAGGAGGACAAGCGCUACCGGCCGCGCUGGAAGGGAUCGGGGAGCCAGCUGCCGCCGCAGAGUCCCAAGCAGGCGCUCUCCCGGCUCAAGCAGGCGGCCUCCGCCACGAACGUGGCUGCAUCCCCGGAUGCCCGUGGCCAGGGCCAGCUGCUCGCCACCAAUCCGCUGCAGCAGCGCAAGGGCAGCAUGUUCCAGCUGGGCGAGAGCCAGGCCCCCAGCACCACCACCACCACCUUGCAGCGGAAGGGCAGCAUGUACGUGGCCAAGGUCACCGAGACCCCGCCCCUGGGCACGCCCACCCGCAAGGGCAGCGUCUACCAGCGGAGUGGGGUUGUGGGGUUGUCCGGGGAGUCCUCCUCCGUGGGCGACAGUCCCCAGCGGAAGCAGAGCGUGGUCAAGACGCUCAGCGGCAGCUACGUGAACACGUCGCCCCUGACGGGCGGGGAGUCCAGCUACGGACUCAAGCUGGGCCCCUCGCAGAUCCAUCCGAAGGGCUACCGGCUGACCACCGCGCGGUACGGGGAGCUCAAGAUGGGCUUCCUCAAGAUCAAGGGCAACGUCGAGGUGGAGCUAAUCUGCGCCCGUAACAUUGUCAACGAGGACUGCGAGACUCCGCCGGAUACGUACGUGAAGUGCUACAUCAAGGACGGGGACCGGCUGCGGCACAAGAAGAAGACGCGCGUGGUGCGGCACGCGGCGGAGCCCCUCUACCGGCAGACCAUCAAGUACCAGAGCUCGGACGUCUUUGGGCGGAACAUCGUGAUCAUGGUGUGGCAGCGGUGCGUGGGAUUCGAGCACAACGUGGGACUGGGCGGCACGGAGGUGAACCUGGACAAGGUGAACAUCGGGCAGCACAUCAGCGGGUGGUACCCGCUCUUCCCGAUGCACAGCUACGGGGGCUCCGACUCGGACAACUCCCCCUGACCGAACAACCGGAGCAACCCGGCCACCGCGAUCCCCCGGCAGUGCCGCCGUCCCCUGGAAUCGGAGGCGCCACAACUGCCGCCGCAGGCGCAACUUGUUAGCGCCUAAGAUGCGGAAAGCUACUCGUACGUUAUGUAUUGUUACCCCGAGGAACAGAGGCUCCCGAAUCCCCUCACCAUACUCCAUGUAUUAGUCUUAGUCAAAUGAGCUUAGCUGGCAGGUGGAAUCGGUCGGGUUACGUUACCCUAAACACCAAACACUAAACACCAAACACUAAACACUACACUCGAAUAAACUCGUGGUGAGAGAGCUUUGUAAGUAAGGUAGAGGUAGAGGUAGAGGUAGAGGUAGAGGUAGAGGUAGAGGUAGAGGUAGAGGUAGAGGUAGAGGUAGAGGUAGAGGCAGAGGUAGAGGUAGGUACUCAGGUACUCGCAGCAGGGUAGGCAUCACUGAGGCGGGAAUCCAAUACCAGACAGCACAAUAAUUGAGGAACCGGAGUACCAGAAGCAUAUAUACACGCGUUCAUAUAUUUUUGCUUGUUGUAUUUGUGAAAGUUUAAUGUUGUUCGCAUUUGGGCAGUGGAGUGAUUACGGAACGGAACGGAAGGGGAACGAAAACGGAAACGAAUCGGCACUAAACAAUAAUGUUGAAAUCUCGAGGCAACGAAGUGGGUGGCACCACACCGCAGAGAGGGACUUAAAGCUCGGUGGCUGGCAGAGGCGUAUAAUCCGGAUAAGUGUUAAUUAAUGUUGCGCUAUACGCUAUACUCGUACGUAGACCCCAGUAGGCUAGCCCCAACUAUCCGCACAGCUGAAGACCCCGCCAAGGUUUCAACUGCUCCGCAAAAGUAUCUGCUAAGCUGAAGCUCUAAAAAUCGAAGUAUUCAAUAUUAUCUUAUAGGUAUCCGAAACCAGAAUAUCUAACGUUUUGAAUAUCUAAAGUUGUGGUACUAAUCUAAUCUAAUCUAAUCUAAUCUAAUCUAAUCUUAUCUUAUCU